CUUUGACUGACAUUCAUUUCCACUGCAGAGAAGCGGGUUGAUCCAGCACCUGGCAUAAAAUGAGAUUAGAGAAAUGUUGGUUCUGUUCUUCCACCAUUUAUCCUGGGCAUGGUAUUCAGUUUGUACGCAACGAUGCACAGAUUUUUCGUUUUUGUAGAUCCAAAUGUCACAAGAACUUCAAGAUGAAGCGGAAUCCUCGCAAAGUAAAAUGGACAAAAGCAUACAGACGGUUGCAUGGAAAGGAUAUGACUCAGGAUUCAACGUUUGAGUUUGAGAGGAAACGAAAUAGACCAGAGAGAUAUGACAGGAAUGUUACAGAGAACACACUGAAGGCCAUUAAGAAGAUAGAUAAAGUUAGAGUGGAUAGGGAAGCCAGACACCAUGCAUUGAGGAUGAAGGGAAAGAAUGCCAAGGAGCAGAGGGAGGCGGCAAAGGAGUUGGAGCAGGGCAUCCACAUGGUCAAGGCUCCUGCUGCCCUUCAAGAAGAGCCAUCUCUCACCCUUCCGAAGAUCAAAGUCAAAGUUUCCUAUCAACAGGCAGAGGAGAAUCGCCCCAUGGAAGAGUGAAAUUAGUGAUCUUUGAAUUGUUUGAACUCCAACAGAGAUUUCUCUAUGAUGCUGUUACC